AAAUUCAUGCUGUAAAUGUUUAAUGCAUUGCAAUUAUUGUAAUAGUUUUUUAGCCUUUGAGUUUAGAGGUUUUCUUAGUGAUGAAUAUUAAAUUAACUUUAAAUAUUAUUGAUCAAAGUAUAUAAUUAUAAAACCAAAUUAACUUAUUCCUUAAACUUUUCAAUACUAUCUAAGAGCUACUUUGCAUAACCAAUGCUAUACAAACUUCACCAUUGCCUCACUUUUUUAACAAAGAAAACCAAAUAACAUCAUGGAAUUCUCCAAAACCUCCAUGUCUCUUUUGUUGUUGUUCAUUUUAUUUUCUUCCUCGUAUUUAAUUUCUCGCAUUUCACAUCUUCAACGCAUUCUAUCAACAACAACCUUUCCACCAAACCAACGAGCAGAAAAACUCAUAAGAAGCCUUAACUUAUUUCCAAACGAUCCGGUUAAUAUAAUACAUGAUCAUUCUUUUGAUUUCGUCUCGGGAAAGAUUGUAGAGAAGAAGCUCUCCUUUUUCGGUGAAAAUCUUGGUCACCACCAUGUAGGAUACUAUUCGCUUCCUCGUUCCAAAGCCGCAAGGAUGUUCUAUUUUUUCUUUAAAUCGCGAAAUAGUACUAAUGAUGACCCAGUUGUAAUAUGGUUGGCUGGAGGUCCAGGUUGCAGCAGUGAGCUAGCUAUAUUUUAUGAGAAUGGUCCUUUUCAACUCGCCAAUAACCUGUCUAUUAUAUGGAAUGAAUACGGAUGGGAUAAGGUAUCAAAUAUUCUUUUUGUUGACCAACCCAUUGGGACAGGGUUCAGCUACACAUCUGAUGAUAGUGAUAUUCCUCAUGAUGAAAGCGGUGUUAGCAAUGAUUUGUACGACUUCUUGCAGCAAUUUUUCAGUGACCAUCCUGAGCUCGUUAAGAACGACUUUUAUAUCACUGGAGAAUCGUAUGCUGGACACUAUGUUCCAGCUCUUGCAUCCCGAGUUCACCAAGGAAAUAAAGACAACAAAGGAAUUAUUAUAAACCUCAAGGGUUUUGCUAUUGGGAAUGGAAUGACCAACCCGAUAAUUCAGUACUCAGCAUAUACGCAGUAUGCAUUUGAUAUGAAAUUGAUUACAAAGGAAGAUCAAGACAAUAUCAACAAGUUGCUCCCGCUUUGUGAGGAUGCCACAAAAAUAUGCGAGAGUGGAGAUAGAGAAAGUUGCUUGUUAGCCUUUGAUCGUUGUGAAGACAUAGUCAAUGGUAUCCUAUUCAUUGUUGGCAACAUUAAUUUCUUUGACAUCAGAAAGACGUGCGAGGGAUCGUUGUGUUACAACUUCUCAAACGUCAAGACACUUCUAAACGAGAAGACAGUUAGAGACGCAUUAGGCGUUGGGGAGUUAAAGUUUGAUAUAUGCAGCAAAGUAGUAUAUAAUGCUAUGCAUCAAGAUUGGAUGAGAAACCUUGAAGUAGAUAUUCCAGCACUUCUUGAGGAUGGGAUCAAGGUUCUUAUAUAUGCCGGAGAAUUUGAUCUCAUUUGCAAUUGGCUUGGGAAUUCAAAUUGGGUUCAUGCCAUGGAGUGGUCAGGUCGAAACCAGUUUGUGACAUCGAAAACAGUUCAAUUUUUGGUUGAUGGUGUAGAAGCGGGAUUGUUGAAAAGCUAUGGACCUCUUUCUUUUCUAAAGGUGAAUGGAGCUGGACAUAUGGUCCCUAUGGAUCAACCAAAAGUUGCACUUCAGAUGUUGGUUAACUGGAUGGAAGGGAAGCUUAACGAAACAAGCAUUUAAUCAUACAAUCAUGUCAAGGCCAAAAUCAAAACAUCUUCUGACUUACUCUCUCUAAUUUAGUAUAAGCAAAAUAAUUAUUUUCACACCAUUAAAAAAAUAGUUAAUCUAGUUUAAAAGUAAUUUCACUGGCUUACAAUUUAAGUGUAGUUUUAAUUGCUUAAAAAAGCCAACAAAAUAGUCGGUCUCAUUUAGAAAAAACUAUUUGUUUAACCAAUGGUAGAAAAGUAAUUUAAAUUUCUUACAAAAGCUAAAAGCUAACAAAAGUUAUGAGAUUUGUGGAAUUAUUAAAACAACUUUUAAUUUAAGAUAGUAGUGAUACUUGGGGAAAUACUCUUUCUACCCUUAGAGUCUAAGGCGAUCCCCCACCACGGUGAAAAGUCACAACUGCUCAUAAAAUUUAAAGAUGUCUCUCCGAACACACAUUUUUUACACACUCCUUAGCGCGAAUUGAUGAGCCGCCUUUAUUUUGUCA